AUGCAUUUGUCAGGGGCCCUCGUUUUCCUUGCGACGCUCGCCCCCUUAGCAUCUGCCGUACCGGUAAUCUCAUCUCCUGCUGCAGCCGCUUCAGUUCCUGGCGGGACGUCUUUAACAGUCGAGUGGGCGGACGAUGGUACUGCGCCGGCUAUCGCAGAUCUCGCGAGCUAUCAGCUUUUCCUAUAUUCGGGGUCGGGUACGGAUCCAACACAACUAUACGCUGCGGCUUCCGAUGGCGUCUAUACUACGGGGAACUCUGCGGUUGUGACUAUUCCUGUUGGUGUAGGAGGAAGCACUACAAAUGCAUACUUUUUUGGACUCAUGUCGACGGCAACAGCUGGAGGGACCAUCACUACCUACUCGAGUCGAUUCACGCUUACUGGCAUGACUGGUACUUUUGCGGCUGCGGUCACAACUGCAAAUGCAGCUGUCACGGACACAUCUCCACCUGCCACAAAGAACAACGUGGUCGACACUGGAAGUGCUGCUUCUGGCACGCAAGCUGAGGGGAAUUUCGGAAUCUCAUACACACUUCAAACCGGCCUCACAAAGUACGCUCCUAUGCAGCCAGUCCCUCCAACCGCGAUCACGAAGACAGCUACCGUCCCUCUCAACCCUACAUCUGCUGUUCAAUUUGCCACCACCUUCCUACCAACCCCAAGUCAAGUUACUACCCUCACCCAAUCGCAGACUUUCAGCGUUUCUAGUCACGCGAAUACAGCGGCCACCCAAUCAUCGCCAACCCCCUCGAACGAUAUGCAAAGAUUUUUGAACCGCUGGAAGGAUUAA